CUUGCGAGCUAGCAAGUGAUUUUAAAUCCAUCUUUCCUGCACCUUUCCUCUCCUCUUGCUUCCAGCCUUAGCUUUAUCUCGAGAUCCUCCACGCUCGUCCGGUCCUCCAGCGUUCCGAAGUUACUUUUUACCAUCCCUCCGAGCAAUUCUGAUCCACUUCUGCCAAAAUGGGUGUUCACGAGAUCAAGACGCCUGCUGAAUUCGAGGAGAAAGUCAUCGCCUCUGGCAAGCCAGUCGUUGUCGAUUUCUUCGCCACCUGGUGCGGCCCUUGCAAGGCUGUUGCCCCUGCCAUUGAGAAGUUCAGCAACGAGAACCAGGGCGUCGAGUUUUACAAGGUAGAUGUUGACGAGCUUCAGAGCGUGGCUGCCGACUUGGGUGUCAGUGCCAUGCCUACCUUCGCUUUCUUCAAGGACGGCCAGCAGAUCAAGGAAUUGACCGUCCGCGGAGCCAACCCUGGCGGUGUCCAGAACGGUCUCAAGGCCCUGCUUGCCUAACUUGUUCCCUCUUGAACAUAUGUUCGCCAGUGUUUUACUCUUUUGACCUGAAAGGAACGCUUUCCUAGCUUAGACUAGACAAUAGAUUCUAUAUUAUUAAUAUCCCGAGUCCAGACUCAACUGCGCGUUCUGCCUUCCAUACCCGCAUCCGAAAUCGGCGGGUUCGGGGAGAAUUCGGAUCGGGUCCAACCCGUCCCUUCCGACCGUAUUUACAUGUUAUACCUGGGGACUAACCCGACAACGCAACCACCAAACUGCCAACUUUGAAUUGCACAUAAACGCCCACUAUCGUGAUCUGGCUUCUACUAACCACAAAGGCGGGUCACCAGUCGUCUUCCCC